GCUUGCAGUCCGUCACUGUUUGGCGAAGUGGAGCGGGGACCACCAGGUCCACCAGGUCGGGAUGGACCUAAGGGAGAUCCAGGAGAGCGAGGACAGGAAGGAGCUCAAGGACCAAAAGGUGAACAAGGGCCGGUUGGAGAGCCUGGAAUUAGAGGUGAACCGGGAAGCGAAGGAGAUAAGGGAGCUGUUGGGGAGAAAGGACCAGAUGGGAUACCAGGUCCGAAAGGACCAAAAGGAGGCUAA